CAGUUGCAGUUAAAUCUCAGUGAAGAAGACUUGUGCUUACAGUAAGCAUGGCGCGGGUUGUGUAUUGGUUUGACUCCCUGCGCUGCUGGAUCAGGACGCAACAGCGGUGACAUUGUUGGAGGAGGUGGGGGAGGAAGGGGGGCGGCUCGCCGACAUACAGUGACAGAGCGACGGUCGGGAGCAGAGCCUGAAUCCCACCAUGGACGACAGUCUGACUCGGAGGGAGGCAGCCCGUCCGAGGAGGGUGUCUGCUGCCGCUGAGCUCGGAGCUAACGUUAGCCUGCAAGAUGGCGAGCUAAUGGAAGUACACCCAGCCAGCAGAGACAUUUACCCAGGUCCGGAGAGACUGAUGGGUGCUGCUGCUGCUGCUGCUGCCGCCGGAGGGAGGAUGGAGAGGAGGAACUCGGCGACGCCGUCCAUCCACCAGAGACACAUGCCGAUAGACCCGCUGAAGUUUCACAUCCCGAAGAAAACCAAGGAGAAGAGAGCUCUGUUUCAGUACGUCUCCACUGAGUCCAGAGAGUAUGAAGACAUGAUGACCGCCAUGACCUCCUGUUACAUCGACACGAGCUCUUCGGCCUCCUUCACCUACUGCAAACCUCGGCUCGUCCACAGCGAGCCGCUGGAGAAGGAGUUUGUGGAGAAGAGGAAGGAGAUGAAGGCCGACGGGAGGACGGAGAAAGAGCUGGAGGAGAGCUACUGUUUUCUGUUGGCUGAUUCUGCCAAGGUGCCUUUGCUCUGUGAGAAGGGGCUGUUGGUGGGUCAGAGCCGGGUCACAGUUCUGGGAGACCCCUCUAAAGGAGUGUAUCUGUCCAGAUACUCAGACCUGCUCCAGAAUAACCCCGUAACUCCUGGGUUCAUGGGGGAGAUCAUAAUAUUCAAAGUGAUGAAGGGGAAGGUGAAGAGCAUGUAUGAAAACAUGAAGAACCUGCAGGAUCCGACUCCUCGCUUCGACAGCCACAUCUCCAAGAACGCCAGCAAAGUCACCUCGACCAGCUCUUACCGCGCCUUCGAACUCACACAGCACUACUUCUACGAGUAUUUAUUCGACGAGCUGCGGGAGAGACCUCGUCAGGUUUGUCCGUACGCUGUCGUCUCCUUCCAGUUCAAAGGAAAAGACUCUGCUCUACCCAGCAAACCUCUCACACCCGUCAGGUUGAACAGCCAAUCAGCAGAGGGGAGUAAAGAGCGUGCUCAAUUCACCGUGUGGACCGGAGAUUUGGUGAAAGGCGACCAGGUUCUCUACCAGAUCUCCCUUCGCUCCUUCUCUCCUCCCUUCCUUCCCCAAAGACUUCCAGAGAAACUGGAAAUCGGUUGUUUGAUGAGGUUCGAGAAGGUGACCAAGCUCCUCUCCUCAGAGUUGUUCUCCUACAACCUCUACACCAGCAGCCAAGAAGUUGUGAAUAGUGGCCAUUGCUGCAGUCUCCUGGAGGUGACCGACAGAUUUCGCUCCACGACCAGCGUGAAGGUGCUGCUGCAGGAGCUGGAGAAAAACAGAGUGGUUCUGGUGACUCCGCUCACAGACAAAGGCUUUCUCUUCCUGCUCUCCAGUGUUCAGAUGGCCACACCCCCUGAGCGAGGAGAGAGCUGGAGGAGAUGUCUUCAAGCCUUGUUUAUCUUCCCGGACACCAGAGAUGUUGCCAAAACCACGCUAAGGCUUUCCUCCACUUCCCGUGAUGCCUCUGUGCCGUCGAUGUCCGGUGGCCAGGUGAUGCCACAGAUGAAUCAGUUCAUCCCAGCAUUGCAUCACGCCCUGGUCAAAGCCCGCGCCAACCCGCCUGCAGACCUGUCUGCUGGUGUGGAGCGCCAGGCGAGGGAUUACCUCACCGGCCUGAAAGACGGCAAGGUCCGACAGUACCCCAUGGGAGAGUAUGAAGCCCUACAGGACGAGGGAGGGACGGCUGCUCCUAAACACCAUCGGGUGAACAUGGACGGCUACCUGCACUCCUACCUGUACAGCCCCACUCUCUACCUGCUGUCCGUGGCCCGGGCCCGGCAGAUUGUGGAGGCGCACUGUGACCCAGAGGAGCCGCGAGAGGUCAGGAUGAGGAAGAGCUCUGGAGGACAGAGGGAGGCUGCAGGGGGAGAGACGACCAGCAAACCCGGAGAAGAAAAGAAAAAUGUAAAGAUGCAGCAGUUGGUCGACCUGGUUAUAACUUGUAAGAGGAACGCAGAGAACGAGGUAAAGAGGGAGGAAGCGGUACGCGUGAGGGCACCGGGGAGGAAGAGGAAACUGGAUCAGGAGACGGCAGAGAGGGCACUUAAACUCCUGAAGGCGUCACAGGAACCUGAAAGACACGACAAGAUCCCAGUCCAGGGAAUCCCCGUCCCUGUCCCCGUCCCCCCUGGCUCUCUUGCGUCUGUGGUUGGCUCGUUGGGUUUGAGGGAUUUAGAUCUGAGGGAAGAUGGAUCUGAACUGUCCUCACAACUUCUCAACCUGCUGACAGGCCUCAACCAGGCUGCCAGGGGAACGGCCAAUGAGAGCCCUUGUGAAGUCCAAGAGGUGGGUCAGGGUGAGUCCUAUCCGUUCGAUAGGUUGGCCACCAAGCUCGGCCUGCCCACCAACUGUGACAUCGACCUGAGGAGGCAAGACGAACUGGAGGAGCAGACGGCGGGCAGCAUCAGCAGUUUGGAGGGAUUCAGUCCCAGCUCCCACAGCGGGGAGACGAAUCACACAAGAGGGAGAACACGAGGAUACGAGGAGGUGGAGGAAGAGUGGGAGAUCCCGUGGAUCCUAAUCCCCAUCACAGGUCUGCGCUCAGAGAGAUACACCCAGAGAGAGAGAAACAUGGGACCUCAGGACCCUCGCUUCCAGCAUCUCACCACGGCAACAAGCAUCACCACAGCAACGUGCACUACCCUGUCCCCGGGGCCCAGCCCUUCCCCCUCCCCCACACUGGCUCCUAGCCCUCCCUCUUCACCAUUAUAUUGCCCUUCUCCUGAUCAUGGCCCUUCCCCGUGUCGUGGCCCUACCCCGUCCCCUGUGCCCAGUCCUCCCCCGUCUCCCUCCAAAUGCCCUUCCCCUCACCUUAACCCGCCCUCCUACCCCGCCAGGUGGGAGUCCCUGGAGUCUAAUGAGCUCAGCUUGUUUAACAAGAACCAACGUGGUGCUAACGAGGAGCGGUUCGCCCCGACAGCCUCCAGGGAGUCUGCAGGAGUCUUCAGGGACAGAGAAGAGAAGACUGCAGACCCGUCCUUUUCCUUUUCCAUCCAUCCAUCUAGCACUCUAACUCCGAAGAGCAGGAAAAGCUUUUCAUCACCUCCCUCUGAGGGUGACAAAGAGGCAGAGGGGGUCAUGGAGGUAGUGAUGGAAGGAGAAGCAGAACUUUUAAAAGAGAAACGGGAAACUCAGGUGCCGGUUGAGCGUGAGAAACAGAACGAGGAAGUAGAGGACGAUGUGGAAAUGAUGGAGGUGGAAGCCUGUGGUGAGGAGGGAAAGGGAGACGCUAAGGUGGCAGGUGCCUCUUGUUUUUCUCUGCGCGUCUCCUCACCUCCUCCUCAUCCCCUCAGAGGUAUCGACAGCAUCGUGGACAAAAACCUAGGCAACUUCUCCUCUGACAUCCAGCUCCUCCUGCAGGAUGAGAGCAUUCCUUACAGCUCCCCACAGUCUCCACACUCCACCUCGAACACAGAAACUUAGCCCUCCCACACGCCCACAUAUCUCAGUUCUCACAGUACGUGACCUUCUACAACCCCCGGCCGCCCGUCCAAGACUACAUCAGCUCUCUGCAGGACAGCAUGAGCAGCAUGCUAACAGACUAUGAGGAGAGCUGGCUGAGCGGCAAGCCAGCAGCCACCAGCCAGGCGUCUGCUGAUGUCUCUCUGGAGAGCUCUGUUAGUGCUUUUGUGUCCAGCAUAAGAGCGUCUAAUGUUAAAACAGACCGAGAGGAUGAUGAGCUGGUGGAUGCUGACUCUGGAGGUGAAGUUUGGCAGCCGCUUACAAUCACCAAACAGUUUACUGACGCAACAGACAACGGGAAGUCCCCGACUUUUCAUGUCACUUUAUCUGAUUCUACCUCUGCGUCUGGUUCCGGCUGUAAGCCUGCCAGCACCGCUGUCCUGCGGACUCCUCCACAGCACAGUCCCACAUUAGAGAUUACUAGAGCAGUUGCAAAUGACAUCAGAGAAACACAGAACAACAGCGCCCCCAGGGCUGUACAUUGUAACUCUGGUGCUGAAGUUACAAACUGUGAGUUGACACUACCAGCAAAACCAUCACACCCCUCUGACCGGUCUCCAGUCCAGCCUCUGAGGCUGUCUCUGGACCCGACUCAGGCCCGGCUCCCCCGGCCACAGCCCUGAGCUCCCUGAUCAGCCAGCUGCAGCCAGAGGUGUUCAACAGCCUGGUGGAGAUCAUCAAAGACGUGAAGAGGAACUCCCUGCAGUUCUACCUCCACACCAGCGAAACAGGGGACCCGGUGUAUGAAGGCAUCAAGGAACUUCUGUUAAAGCAGGGCAACGUGCAGCAGCAGAGUCCUGAGGCCUUUUUGAGCCAAGACAACUCCGACAACAGACUGCUGGUCAUCAUUAAAAAUGAGGAAAUAUCUAGAAACGUGCA